AUAACUAUUUUGUCCGACUGGUUUUGCCGUAUAACUCCAUUUGCAGAGCUACUUCCGUGUACGUUUUGGUUAGCGCUUCGCUGAAUAAUUCUUCUAAAAUUAAUAUUGCGGGUCAUGGAGCCUGGACACAGUGGCUCCAAACGCUGAUUUACAAGACUAAAACAUCAUUGAUGUAAUCCUCGUGUCCUUAUAAACUCGAGUCGGGCGCGUUUAAGCCUCUCGAGGUGGGUUAGCUUAGCUUGUAGCUGCAAACGAGGAGACGCGUUUGUUAUUGACACUUCGGUGUAAGCAGAGAGCAAGUGUUGCGGUGGGUGAAGUGUGGCAAUGUGUGCCACCAGUGUCAAGAAGGAGUACGAAGAACAGCUUUGUCGAUUAAAAGAGGAGAACGGGGGUCAACGUCUGCUGUUGGACGCUGGUAUUAAGACGGCUCGACUUGGGUCUCACAGAGCAGACGUCAAUAAAAAUAUUUUUCAUGAGCGGCAGGCCUCCGAGUGCCCUUGCAUUAAAGUGGAAGUGGAGGAGGAACCCCCCGACAUUACAAAUGAAACACGGACAGGACGCCCCUCGGCGGCGCGAUCAGAACGUGACGACAUCACAGCGCACUCUUUUGACACUGAUGAAGACUCUAAAGGUUUUGGAAAAAAGUCUGAUUACACUGGAACCACAAACAAGGUCGGCACGGGAUGUGGAAAUAAAGACCAAACUGACACAGAACAUUUCAUAGAAAUCUCGGAAAGUACUGGUAGCGACCCGAUGGAUCCAUCCACCUCCCCUAAAGAAUCAUCAUCUGUGUGUGAAAUUAACACCGAGCAGCCCGUUUGUCUUGCCCGUGAAAUAUUAGAUAAAGAACAACGACAUGAGGAAGAAGCAGAUUCCUUCUCCUACACUGAAGAGAAUUUUGCGUGUGAAACGAACACAGAGCACCAGAGUUCUCUGUCCCUGGAAAUGUUGGAUGCAGAAAAACAUCAAGCAGAAGAUUCCUUUUCUUACACGGAAGAGGCUUUUAUGUGUCAAAUGCACAAGCCGCGGUCUGCAGAGAGCUUCCACAGCAGAGAGCUGCCGCAGCAUCAGAGGGAUCUCAUUGUUGAAAGGUACCAGUCGGGAGAGGGCUACAAAAGAAUUUCCAAGGGAUUGAAUAUCCCGUGGAACACGGUGAAGAGCGUCAUCGUCAAGUGGAGGAAAAACGGCACGACGGUCCCGUUGCCAAGAACUGGACGUCCUUCCAAAAUUGACGAAAAGACAAGAAGAGAAUUGGUCAGGGAGGCCGUUAAGAGGCCGACGGCGACGCUGAAGGAGCUGCAGGAGUUUCUGGCGAGUACUGGCUGUUCAGUACACGUGACCACAAUUUCCCGUCUUCUUCACAUGUCUGGACUAUGGGGAAGGGUGGCGAGAUAAGGUGCGGAACCAGUGUCUGGCUUUCGGGUUCGUGCAGACGUGUUUCUUGUUUCUUUUUUUUUUUUUUUGAUUCGGGUCGAUUGGACAGAGAUCAGGUCCCCUAAUUGCGGACCUUUUAAGAGAAGACCUGUAAAUACAGCGAGAGAGAAGGGGAAAAAAAGCCCAUCUCGCUUCUUCCGGCCACCACGCGAUGACAAUUAAUAAUAAGCAAUGAAUAAAUAAAUCAUGUGCUCGCACUAUCAAGUAAGGGUUAACUGGCAUUUUGUUUGAUCAUUUUCUCCUCUUUCUGUUUGUAAGGAAAAUCAGAAAAAUUGGAGUUUGGUUGCGUUUCUCGUCAGAUUAUAUUUAACUACUGUUCAAACGAGAAAUGUUUUGGUUUUUUUUGGGACUGAUUCAUCCGGAAGUCUUUUGAAUGAGAUAUACAUGAUAAAAAGGACUAAUAUUGUGAAUAAAACAUUUGUGUUACAAGUUAAGCAUGUCAGUGACUGCUUGUGACUUGAGGAAGGAAGUUUUGUCCCGGGGACCCAAUGAGGGGUGUGCACAUUUUUGCAAUGAGGUUGUAUCUUUCAAUUUCUGCCUUUAAAACAAUUUGUAGAAGUUUAGGUCACAAAGGUGGAAAAGGUUUUCAAAUGAUUCAUCUUGUCAUUUUAUAUUUAAAAUAAAUGACAUUUGAACUCA